AAGACUCGCCACUCUCUCUUUCUCUAGUUCUCCUUCUGCUCCCUUUGUCUCCAUCCUGGUAGUUUCUCUGAAUUCGACAGCGAUGGCGUGAUGAACUGAAAGCAAGCUCAGUUCUACUUUGUUUGGUGGCGAUCUUGGAGGAGAGUGGCUUUUGUGGGUGUGAUGCUGAUGUGACCUCCUCUUAGGGUUUUUGAUUUGCUCAAGAGGAAAUGGUGUGAAUUCUUGUGGUUUUUUUUGUUUGGUGGGUAAUUGGAGGAUGCAGAUGGCAAUGGUUGGUGAGAGGAGGAUUUGGGUGAGGAGAGAGGAGGUAGAAAUGUUAGACUGGAAUAGUUCUAGGGCUUGAAAAGUACCAGAAAUGAAGCUUUCAACAUCAGGGUUGGGGCAGCAGCAAGGGCAUGAAGGGGAGAAAAAGUGUUUGAAUUCAGAGCUAUGGCAUGCUUGUGCUGGCCCUCUUGUGUCCCUGCCUACCGUUGCGAGCCGUGUGGUUUACUUUCCUCAAGGUCACAGUGAGCAGGUUGCUGCCACAACUAACAAAGAGGUUGAUGGGCACAUACCCAAUUACCCGAGCUUGCCACCGCAGUUGAUCUGCCAACUUCACAAUGUCACAAUGCAUGCAGAUGUGGAAACUGAUGAAGUGUAUGCACAAAUGACUUUGCAGCCACUUACACCGCAAGAGCAAAAGGAUACAUUUCUUCCUGUGGAGUUGGGUAUCCGAGCAAGCAGCCCACCAAUUACUUUUGCAAGACUCUCACAGCAAGUGAUACUAGUACCCACGGGGGGUUCUCUGUUCCUCGUCGCGCAGCUGAGAAAGUUUUCCCUCCAUUGGAUUUCUCUCAGCAGCCUCCAGCUCAGGAACUUAUUGCAAGGGAUCUCCAUGAUGUUGAGUGGAAGUUCAGGCAUAUUUUUCGAGUGUGGACAUCAAGGGUCACUCGUUUACUUUGUUGGAUCUACUCUUUAUAUGCAUGCUCUGCUUUGGUCCAUUAAGGAGACUCCAUAUGAUUAUGGGUAUCCUGAAGCAUCACACUACAAAAAUAAACUACUACCGAAUGGUGGGGAUGAUGAAGCUUAUGCUGCCAAUGUUCCUCUAUCAAAUGAGGUUCAAUGCCACUCUCAAGGUGAUCUUUGUUCUCUAGAGGCAAAAAGCUUGAACUUGCAUGAAAACGAGUCGGACAACAGUAUUAUGCCUGGAAAGGUUAACCCUACUCAGUGUGAGGCUCUCACAAUGGUCUGCGCUCAGGUUAUGGGAAAUCACAUAGCUGCUACACUAGGUGGAUCAAAUGGUCAUUUUGAACUGAAUGUAUUCAAGCCUCUGAUUGCUAGUGGUCUCCUACGUUUGAUCAAAUUGCUAGGUGAUGCAUCUGCUUCCUAG